AUGAAAGAUUUGUUGAAAACUAGUAUCCUCUCUAAAAGGUGGAGCGAGCUUUGGGCUCUGAGAAAAAAUCUCCACUUUGAUACUUUGAAUGUGUUUGGAGAGACUAAGGAAGAACUCCUAGAAACCAUAUAUCUCAAGUAUGACUAUGAUAGUUCUAUUAGGGAGGGACUUGUGAAUAUGGAUAAGGAAAGAGAUGAGUUUGCGAAAUGUGUGGAUCAAUUUGUUAACAACUUUCGAGGCACAAUGAUCGAUUCGUUCUUGGUAAAAUUUUGUUUGAAUGGUGACCAAAGCACCAUUAUUGAUAGAUGGAUAAGAUUUGCUAUUGAAAGAGGAGCAGCCGGUUGGUCCUUUGUUAGAAUUGAUCUACUCUUUGGAGGAGUGUUAUAUGGAUAUAGUCAUCUACAUAAUUGUUAUAAAUUUCUCUUAGAUUUAUUUUCGAAGCUCAAUACUUCAACUCUAAAGCAUUUGCAUCUUGAACGCUGUCUUAUUUUCCAUCCAACUAACUAUAACUUUAGUCCAUUCAAAAAUUUGAAAUUUCUUUCACUCACCGACAUAAAAGUGGAUGAAGUCUUCCUAGAAAAUUUGUUAUCCAAUUGUCGACUACUUGAAGAGCUUCAAUUAUAUACAUGUGAGUUUAAAGCAUCAAAGCCAAUCAUAAUAAGUUCAUCAUUAUUAAGUCUCAAGAUUAUAGACCCUUACAAUAGAAUACCGGUGAAAGAAAAAUGGACUCUACUAGAUUGCGUUAAACUAACUUCAUUAGAAUACGAUGGAUCUGACUUGAAUACGAUGAGCAUUAAUGCCCCUAUGAUGAAAUCCAUUGACUUCAUCAUUGAAUAUGAACAAGAUCUUGACAUAUUUGCUCUCUCAAAAUUUCCUCAACUUGAAAUUAUGAGUAUAAAUAUGUCAUCGACGGUCAUAACUUCUCUAAAAAUAACUCAAUCACUCAAACAUCUUAAACAAUUGAACUUGAGUCUUUUAUGGGAAGGAACCAUCUCAAAGGAAGCCAAUUAUAGUCUUUUGUGGAUUCUAAACAUCCUUCAAGUUUUUCCACUUUUACAUAAACUUUCAAUCAUGUUUACAAAUCCAAAGUUCCUUAAAAAUCAAAAAGAUAUUGAAGAUAUUGAAAGAUUUUCUCACAACAAGGUCAAGGUUAUUGAAUUAGGAGGGUGUGUUGGCAAUUGGUUUGAAAUCGAGUUUGUUAUAAAUAUUCUAAAAUAUGUUUCAAAGCUUGAGCAAGUGGUUUUGAGUCCCUGUUGGAAAGAACAUGGCACAAUGAAUUGGAUGUCUGACCCUGUGUCCUUUCAAAUUGCACGUGAAAGGAUCACUGAAAAGCUUCAAGGCCAACAAGUUGUGGGAUGA